AUGGGAGUUUUUGAUGUUUUCUUUCUUUGAGCAAGAUUGUCUUUCAUCUUCCUUAUCUCAAUCGACUUCUUCAAUAGGUUGCUAAUCUCUUGUUUCAAAGAACUUUGAGUUUUUUGAUGAGUUUUCUUCUCUUCUUUAUUUGAAAGAUCUUCAUGGGCAAACUUAUACACUUCUGUGUUUAUAAGUACGAAUGUCUUCUAGAUUCAUCUUCUUUGCAGAUCUUAACCCUCUUCAUGCUCAUAGGCUGACAGACUAUGCUUUGAUGCUUGCUUUCUAAAUAAUCACUCUUAUUUUUAGAAAACAACAACUUCGUCAUGUUUUGAGUAAGCUUUAUACUUGUUUUAACUUGUCCAGUGGAAGCAUUCUCACUCAGGAUAUCUUCAGAGAGGUUCUCUUCAGAAGAGCUGACCACA